CUGGUCUUGAUCUAUUCCAGAAUUGUAUACACAUUGUGGUUCAAGCAAAGUGAUAAUGCCGUAAUCACAAAUCAGGUAGGACCCUUCGCUUUAUACAAGGGAAUCUUGGAUUCUGCAUUCUGGAUUCCAGGUACUGAAUUCUGGAUUCCAAUCGGUAGUGGGAUUCCGGAAUCCUUGAGCUGAAUUGACUCCAAUGCCCAAGUAAACAGAUUCCACAAGCCAAAAAAUUUCCUGGAUUUCAGAAUCUGUAUUCCCUUACAUGGGGCCAAAACCCUUAUCAGGACAAAUUAUUCGUUUGAGGACUACUCAUAAUAGUUCUAUAUGGGGAGAGUUCUGCUCCGAGGUCCAACCCUUUACCCUUUGAAAGAAAAGAUACCCCUUUCGUAUACCCUCCAUUAAAAAAUAUAACCCCUCUAAAAUACCUAAUAAGAAUAAAUUACUAAGACUGGCCUAUUUUAUUCAAUGACGAGGUUGACUAAAUAGUUCUGGGACCAGCGAAUAAAAUCUAAAGUGAGACGUGCCUGUUAACGUCUGGUGUUAAAAUAAAGAGUUUAAGUUGGCUGAAGGUCGGACGUCAAGCCAUUACGUCUUACGCGUACUCAGUUAUCAGCUCGAUGUUUGGAAAAUUGACGGAUACCGAUUUCUACCCAUCCCUAAGUUAUCAAUGAAAUUCUCUCAGAUACAGUUUUUUCUUAACUAACGCGUGAGUUGAAAAUGGUUUGUUCUCAUGUUGGUGUUUGGGUUGGCCAAAUUGGUCUAGUAAGGGACGUUAGGUUCUUUCUGUUUAUCUACUUUUAACGAAUUCGCGAAAAAAUAAAUAAACAAAUAAAUAUCAGCUGUGUGAUUAGUCAUCCUCGGAGAUGUAGGGGCAGUCAGUCGGGUCGGAAGAAAGGCACAACGAAAGUUUUCAAAAGUUAGAAGUUCAGAUCUCUCAGUCAUAACACAUACGUUAACAAGACCAAAAAGGUCAUUCAUCCUUAUGUAUUCUAAACGACACUGCUCAUAUCAAAGAUCAGCUAUGUAAAGUAGCCCUAAAACUCCAGUCUUCAGAUUACUUCUGAUUUAACGCUUAUGGGUCGCAACUCUUUUUUUUUUGGGCACAGGUUACAUUACUAACUUUGUUUAUUCACUGUUUUUCCAACCAAUCGCGUGAGAUCUUCCGAGAGCUGCAAGGUCGCACAGCUAUAUUGUAAGCUUGGGUGACCUGUGGCUUAUCAAUCGUUUUGUACACAGGGUGUAUUGAGGUUGAGGAAGCGAGCGACCUUGAUGGUUGUAACCGUGAGCGCCACUCUUGUAAUAUCUUUGGGAGCAGAUGUGAUACUUCAUCUGUUAGAAGAACACGCUGCUGACUCCGUGAAACUGAGUCCUUUAGCUAUUCCUAUCGCUCACACGAUGCUGAUGUUCAACUCCGCUAUCAAUCCAUUUGCGUACGCUCUGCUGAACCAAAGAUUUAGGAAAAAGAUGAGGCAAAUGAUACGAUCACGUUCCUUUGCAACAAGAGUUGGUGUUAUGUCCGUGCGACAGGGUGAACCACAGGACAAAGACGCUGGUCACACCACUGGAAGCAUUCAAAUGACACAGCAAGACCAACUGAGUGAAAGGGCGGCGACAAUUUCCCGGGAAAAUGUAUUAUGA